AUGGACGCCUCCCCCACCGUCCUGGACAGAACUGUGCAAACAGGUCAGGCGGCAACCGUCCAGAACCAAGAUGGUGGAAAAGCACCAAUCCUCACUGAAAACCAAGAUACUUCCAGUAGGAAUGCUGACAAUUUCUAUGAAACCACCCUGGGCUGGAUUUGGUUCCAAGGCUCUGCUCCCAGCGGAGCUGUGCCCUUCUGGAAUGCCUAUGGGAAUAGGUGGGAAUAUCCCUGUAUGGUGGCAGGUUGCUCCGCAGGCUACUAUAGCCCAAGCUAUGGCCCCUACUGUUUCUACCCUUAUGGCAACAAAGAAUACAACACCUCUAAGUUUUGGAUGUUGGUCAAUGGCCAUCAUUUUGAAUCAUUGGGCUGGAAAGCUGAUUCAUAUGGUGGCGUUCCCUCCAAUUCUAUCAAUACCUGUGCAGGUGUAAGACUUUAUGUAGGGAAAAAUAAAUAUGGCUUAGGGAAGGUGGACAGCAAAAAUAAAGCUUUCUUCUUAGGUUACCAGGGCAAAGAGUACUGGUAUAAAUACUAUGAUGUGCUGACCAUUAAUAAAGACUAUAGAUCUCAGAGGAUUAGCAAUGUCAGUUACAUGAUAGAGCAGGGGACAUACAGUACAGAGUCUAUGCUCAUCGUUUCCAGCAAGGUCUCCAACAAUGAAUGUACAUCAGUGAAGAAGAGCACCACCUUGUCAGGGACAGUAAGUUCCGAACGUCAUUGGGAUGUUGGCAUUGCCCUCUCCAGGAGCGUGAACACUAGCAUGACAGCAGGAAUUCCUCAAAUCAUUGGUGCAUCCUGGAGCAUUUCGGCCGAGAAAACAUUCAGCUGGAAUCAGGGCUCUACACAGAGUGAAUCCAUCACAUACACUGAGACGGUAGACCUUGAGGUCCCACCCAAUCACAGUUGUGAAGUGGUCAUGAAAGGCAAAAGAAUGAAAGCAAAUAUUCCAUUCAUGGCCACUGCGACUCGCUACUACUACAGUGGGGAGAAGCGAAUGGCCAGAGUCCAGGGAACCAGUGAUAAUAUAGCUAUUGCACAAGUGCACACAGAGGUGAUGCGCUGUGAGCCCAUUCCCAAUGCAAACCCAUGCGCUGCACAGUAUUAG